UCCCCUACAUGCAUUGAUGACUGCAAGUGGACUGGCUGGCUGGAUUCUGGAAAACCCACCUAUGAUAAAGGAAGUGGAGAUUUUGAACUAAUUGAAGGUGUCUGUGAACCAGGCUGGGAAGUACAAAACAUCUCCUGCAGAGCUGUGAUGUAUUCCAAUGUUCCACUUGAUCAGCUUGGACAAAAAGUGGUUUGUAAUACAGAAGUUGGGCUAGUGUGCAAAAAUGAAGAUCAGGGAAUAGGAGGGAUUAUCCCCAUGCCCGUGUGUCUCAACUAUGAAAUCAAUGUUUACUGCUGUAGUACAAUAUGUUUUACUUCAACCGCACCAACCACCACCACGGAGAUCCCAACUACAACAUCAACAACAAAGACUUCCAUUCCAACAUCAACUACCAUGAAGACACCAAGCCCAACUCCUACAACUACAGUGACUCCAACUCCAGAAACAACCACCACACAGAUUUCAACUUCAACAUCUACUACCAUCCAGACCACAACCCCAACACCCAUCACGGAGACCUCCACUCCUAUAUCUACCACCAGCCAGACACCAAGUCCAUCCUCUACUACCACAGUGACUCCAGUUACAACAUCUACUACUACAGAGACCUCAACAUCAUUAUCUACUACUACAAAGACCACAUCUGCAACACCUACAGUAACAGAGACAUCUACUCCUAGAUCUACCACUACUCAGACACCAAGCACAGUCCCCACCACAACAGUGACUCCAACUCCAACACCAACAAUUGGAAAGACCACAACCCCAACAUCUACAGUAACAGAAACUUUGACUUCCAGAUCUACCACUACCCAGACAUCCAGCCCAGUUCCCUCCACCACAGUG